CCGAUCCGAUCAUGUUCAAAAAUGGCUUGAUCAUCGAUCUCAUCCUUUUGAUUUGUUCUCUCCGCAAUCGAACAGAUUCCGAUUGGAAAAGUAUAUAUAGUUUCCAUUUGGGAGUAUAUAACUAUAAUUAAUUAAUUCUAGUAUUUGGUUUUCUUUUGGGUUACAAGCUAUAACCCAUAUUUUAAUGUGAUCAAAUCUGUAUUUGGUUUUCGAAGAAGGUAAUAUAAGAAGAUGGAUAUGCAACCGCUUAUCUUUGAUAAUGGAAGUGGAACGACCAAGGUGGGAUUUGGUGGCGAGGAUGUUCCAAGAGCUGUGUUCCCCAGUAUCGUGGGCCAUCCUCGGCACACUGGUGCGAUGGUAGGGAUGAGCGCAAAUGACAGAUAUAUCGGAGAAGAAGCACAACUGAAGCGAGGCAUUUUGAGCAUGAAAUAUCCGAUAGAGAAUGGCAUAAUGAACAACUGGGAAGAUAUGGAGAAGAUAUGGCAUUACUCCUUUUAUGAACAACUUCUUGUUUCUCCUCAGGACCACCCUCUCCUCCUCACCGAAGCCCCUCUUAACCAUAAGGCUAAUAGGGAGAUGAUGACCCAAAUCAUGUUUGAAACUUUCCACGUUCCAGCUAUGUAUACUGUCAUUCCAGCUGUUCUUUCACUCUUUGCGAGUGGUCGUACCACUGGCAUUGUUUUAGAGUCUGGGCAUGGUGUUACUUACCCCGUCCCCAUCUAUGAGGGUUAUGCCCUUCCCCACGCCAUCAUGUGUCUCGAGCUAGGUGGGGCUGACCUAAGUGACGCAAUCGUCAAUCUGAUAUGGAAGGUCAACUACACCUGGCUCAAUUGCCAUUGCCUCAGAGAGGGGAGUACCAUAGUGGACAUGAAAGAAAAGCUCGGCUAUGUAGCUCUUGACUACGACCAGGAGUUAGACACCUCCAAAGCAAACUCUACCAUGGAAAAGAGUAGUACUUAUGAGCUGCCCGACGGGCAGCUCAUCACCAUUGGCACCGAAUGUUUCCGUUGCACGGAGGUCCUUUUUCAGCCCUCGUUUGUAGGAUUGGAGGCUUCCGGAAUCCACGAAAUCACGUACAACUCUAUCAUGAAAUGCGACGUUGAUCUUAGGAAUGAACUUUUUGGGAACAUAGUGCUUGGUGGUGGUUCUACUAUGUUCCCGGGUAUGGCGGAGAGGAUGAGUAAGGAGAUCACAGCAUUGGCCCCAAGUAGCAUGAAGAUCAAAGUGGUGGCGCCACCUGAGAGGAAAUACAGUGCCUGGAUUGGAGGGUCCAUAUUGGCCUCGCUCAGCACUUUUCAGCAGAUGUGGAUUUCACGGGCAGAGUAUGAUGACUGGGGCCCGUCCAUUGUAGGAUUCGCUGGAGAAUCUGAUCCGACCGUUGUGUUCCCCAGCAUUGUGGGCCGUACGCGUCACACGGGAGUGAUGAUGGGGAUGGGCGCAAAAGAUGCAUAUGUUGGAGACGAAGCACAGGCAAAGCGUGGCAUUGUGCGCCUGAAAUACCCUAUAGGGAAUGGCAUAGUGAAUGACUGGGAUGAUAUGGAGAAAAUAUGGCAUCACUCCUUUUACGAAGAGCUUCGCGUUGACCCCGAAGAACACCGUGUUCUCCUCACUGAAUCCCCUUUAAACCCCAUACCUAAUAGGGCCAAGACGGCCCAAACUAUGUUUGAGACUUUCAACGUGCCAGCAAUGUACAUCGCGAGUCACGCUCUUCUUUCACUCUACGCUAAUGGCCUUACCACCGGCGUUGUCGUAGAUUCGGGUCACGGUGUCACCCUCAGUGUCCCCAUUUGGGACAGUUGUGUGCUUACGCACGCCAUCCUGCGCCUUGAUUUGGCGGGAAAGGAGAUAGAGGAGAACUUUGCGCGCAUCCUAUACGACCACUCUUUUAUGUAUGGGAAUCCACAUUGGGCGGCAAUCCUAAAGGACUUGAAAGAGACGAUGACCUAUGUGGCUCUUGACUAUGGGCGGGAGUUGGAGGCUUGUAAAACGAGCCCAAGGGUUGAAAAGAACUAUGAGUUGCCCGAUGGGAGCCUCAUCACCUUAGGCUCAGAGCGGUUUCGGUGCCCGGAGGUCCUUUUCCAGCCUUCGCUGGCCGGUGUGGUGGAUGCCGCAGGGGUUCACAAAACGGCGUACAACUCUAUAAUGAAAUGCCACGUUGAUAUGAGGAACGACCUCUGUGGGAACAUCGUGCUUAGCGGUGGCUCCACCAUGUUCCCGGGGAUUGCCGAUCGGAUGGGCAAGGAAAUUGCGGCAUUGGCUCCUGGUGGCGUGAAGAUCAACGUGGCGGCGCCGCCGAAUAGGAAGUACAGUUCCUGGAUUGGUGGGUCUGUGUUGGCAUCCAUCAACUCUUUCCAGCAGGUUUGCCCUCAUAUGCCCUCCCCAUUAAUGCUUGGAAAAGGUUUGGGGAACCCUGUUUUUGACACCCCCAUUGACAAUGACUGUCUGUGAAGAAGUAGCAUCUUUGGUGUCAAAACAAAUUUGGGAUUCUCCAAACAUUGUCCUUAAUGUCAAGGUUUCAGGAUACUUUACACUUUUAUAAUUGCUUUUAUUUUUGAAUGAAUAAUCUGAGCAGGA